AUGGCGUUGAAGGCCUACUCGAACAAUGAUUGUGAAAUGGAAUGUCCAGUUUGUUGUGUGUUAACGUGUCCGAACAACACACUGCCAUUUGAUUAUCAGGCAUGUGAUCCGCAAUUGAGAUCACAGUGUCCGGCAGGGUUUACGUGCAGAGAGGCUCGCGAUGAAGGCGCCACCGGAAAUUUGUGCUGUGAGAGCGGAACGAUGACAAUCGGCGACUGGCUGGCCGAGAAGAAGAUCACACCCGAUAUUCUGCCGACGGCGCCGUUCUCGCUGAUCACCCGGCUCCAAUUGGCGCCGAUCAAUUCGAAUUUGAAUUUCCCGCCAAUUCACAUCGGCGACGAGAUUGUCGUGUUGAGUUUCGCCGACUACCAAAUUGGGAUUGUCGAGAGUUUGCGGCUCGCGGCGCCCGCCGAACCCGGAUUUUACCAUGUGCUCACGAUGAUCGACGCGCCGUUCAAACCGUUCGCGUUCUAUUUCAACUACAACAUCGCGAGCACCGCCACCGGCGACGUCCUGAAUGUCACCAGUUCUCAACAAUUUUUGGCGUUUGUCGACAAUUCCACGAUUGUUCCCGGCGCCGACGCUUAUCGUCAUCAGUAUCUUGUCCUCGUCUACUACACACCGGCGGCGAUAUCAUUCAACGGAAACUCGGCGGAUGAGAUGCUUCUCGGCUCGUGCAACGACGCGCGUUGCAUGUUCGCGAGUUCGCCGUUCGCGUCGAGACUCAAUCAGCCGAACGCGGCGACCCUCUUCUACUUGACGACGAAGAAGAGCGUGUUCGCCACUUCGACGCCGCCCGACUCAGCGAUCGCGGCGGCGGUUUUGUCGCCAAUCCUCGUCGUUUUCGUUUUUUCCCUUUUAUGGUGA